CGGGAGCUCGCGCUCCUGGCGACGCUGGAGCACCCGAACAUCGUCCGGCUCCUCGCGGCGUCGCUGACGCCGCCGCAGCGGCCCGUGCUCGUGCUCGAGCACUGCGGCGGCGGCACGCUCGAGAUGCUCAUGCGGCGGCGCCAGGAGCGGGGGCUCGGGGAGCAGAAGUCGCGCAACUUCGCGCGGCACCUCGCCGAGGCGCUCGCCUACCUCCACGGCCAGCGGCCCGCGAUCAUCCACCGCGACGUGAAGCCGUCGAACAUUUUGAUCGCCGACGACGGCCGGGUCAAGCUCGCGGACUUCGGGCUCGGAAGACUCUUCCCGGGGUCCAACGCCAACGACAUGUACACGAUGACGGGCACGACGGGCACGUACCGCUACAUGGCGCCGGAGGUCUUCCGCGAGGAGCCCUACUCGCUCAAGGUCGACGUCUUCUCCUGGGCCAUGGUCUUCUGGUACAUGCUCAACGGCACGCCGCCCUACGCGCUCAAGGACGUCGAGGAGCUCCGGCGCGUCCACACGCACACGCACGCGCGGCCGAGCCGGCUCCGGUGCACGGCGUCGCGCGCGCGCCACUGCCUCGAGGCCGCCUGGGCCGAGGAGCCCGGCGACCGGCCGUCGGCCGAGGACAUCGUCGUCGCGCUGCGCGACGGGCCGCGGCCGAAGAAGAAGCGCGCGGCCCGCGCG